CGCGAAGGACUCGGUCCGCGUGUGUUAAAAAUAUAUAUAUAUUUAACAAAAUAAUACACAAUAGUUAAACAAAAUAAAACAAAUACAAAAUGAGCAAGCUCCUGACCUCCGCCGACAUUGAGGAUGGCAAAAUUGAGUACGACAAGGCGACCGGUGCCAGCACCCAGUAUAAACUGAUCGAUGGCGGCUACGAGAUGAUCAUCACGACGCCGCAGCCGAAUGGCACGGUCAAGACCCAGGUGAAAACCUUCUGGGAUCCGAAGCCCGUCAGCGAGGAGGACUUGGCCAAGGAACAGGCCAACAAGAAGCUCGUCAAGCAGCGCCUGGGCAAGGAGAUACGCAUCGAUGACAAGACCACCAUGCUGACUCGCGCCAUCGAGGGCGGCUACGAGGAGGUCUACACCACCAUCAACGAGGAUGGCUCGCGCAGCAUGCGCACCAAGACCUUCUACGAUUCCGUGCCCACGGAAAUCAAUGAGAACACCACCACCAAGGUGAACAAGACCAAGAAGAAUGUCACCCGCAAGUCGUCGGUGGACUCGACCGACUCGACGGAGUCCUCGUCGCGCCGCAUCGUGCAGAAGGUGCAGAAGAAUGUCAACGACUCGCAGUCCAACUAUCGCGAGGACACCACCAUUGAGGAGACGCGCCGCGUUAGCCAGAACAUUGAGAUCACCGAGAACAAUCGCACCGUGCGCAAGAACUCGCUGCAGGAGCAGAGCAUCAAGUCCGUCAGCCAGAGCAGUGGUGAUGGCGGCAAGAAGAAGAAGAAGCCCAAGUCAUCGGCACCACCACCACCAGCCGACUUUGUGCAGAACGAUACCACAACCGUGGCCUCGAAGCGUGUGCCCGGCGGCGUUGAGUACACCUACUCGACGGAGUUGGAGUCGGGCAAGACGAUCACCACCUCGAAGACCGUUUACGAGGAGGAGGAAGUCGAGCUCACCGAGGAGGAGAUCAAGCAGUACAAGAAGACCCUGAAGGACGCUGAGAAGCACAAGAACGUGACCAGCACCAAGAAGCUCAAGUCCGAGUCGGGCACCAAGAAGAUUGUGCCCUCCGAGAAUCCGGGCGAUGUGACCACUGUGGAGACCAUCAAGAUCGAGGGCGGCACCGAGUAUCACUACACCACCGUCACCGCCGAGGGUAUUGUGAAGAAGGCAGUGAAGACUGUGUACGAUCCGGUGCCCAGCAACAAUCCCAACGACACCGACGAGGAGGAGAUCAUUGAGGAAUACGAGGAGGAGAUCAUUGAGCCCGGCGAGAAGACAGUCAAGACUAUUGAGACUGUGAAGCAGUUGCCUCAGAAGUUCGAAGAGGAAGUGACCAUCACCCACGAGAAGAAGGAGAAGAAGGUAAAGAAGUCCAUGAUCAUCAGCCAGUAGAGCGCGCUCGGCACAACCAACACACAGACACGACACAAGACACACUCUACACUCACACACACACACACUUCUACACGCGCCAGCUUUUGUAUUCGUUGACAUUUGAAAAGUAUAUUUUUGAGCCAGUAAGAUCGGAAAUUAUGAGUACCCCUAAUAUGUAUUUCAGCGCCCAGUUCAGAUAGCUGUCGCUGGUCUUUGUACGCUUCUCGUAAGCUUUGUUGUUAAUUAUUUGGGCAGCUUUCUGUUGCCCUGACGCGAGUCG